AACAAACAAACAAAAACAAAAUACACAAGUUGUUUUUAUUUAUUUAUAAUAUAUAUAGUCAGUUAACUUAACCAAACCAGAGUGUAAUCUUUAAUUAAAUAGUUAUUGUCUAAACUAUGGGGAGGUUGAAUUCUUUCUUGCGAGUUAUGAGUUACAGAAAUUACAAUGAGGGAGUUAUAUAACAUUGGGUACUCUAGACAUAACAUUGGUCACAACAAAGUAAAGUACUGCAAAUCCCAAGAGCAUAUACAGAGAAAACCAAAAAAAAAAAAAAGAUAAGCUUAUUUGCUUGAGUAUGAGAGGAUGCCGUAAACUUACGAAACUUCCAGGAAGGGUUCACUUAAAAUCUCUAGAAUCUAUAGAUCUUAGUCAUUGUGGAAGGCUAAAAAAUUUCCCUGAGAUUGUUGGAAAGAUGGAAUCAUUGGGAGAGAUGAACCUAUCCGGCACUGCCAUCGAAGAAUUGCCUUCAUCAAUCAGAUAUCUCAUUCGUCUCUAUUCGUUAAAGUUAAGCAACUGCAAAAACUUCACAAAUCUGCCAUGCAGCAUUUAUGAGUUACAGAAUCUUCAAUUUGUUUAUCUUCGUGGAUGCCAGAAGCUUGUGAGAUUUCCAAAUAAGGUGAUUCCAACCAACUCAAAUGACAUUGCUGGUUCUUUAACGCUUCCCAAUCUUUUCCAUUUAUACAUAGAAGGAGCCAAUUUAUCCGAAAUCGAUUUCCUUGGGACUCUUGAUUGUUGGUCCAGAUUAGGCAUACUUGAUCUUUCAGGAUCCAAUUUUGUUAGACUUCCCGAAUGGAUUACCAAAUUUGUCAACAUGCAAGAACUGAACUUGGUUGGCUGCAAGAGGCUUGUAGAGAUUCCAGAUCUUCCACCAAACAUACAUUCAGUAGAUGCGAGUGGUUGCAUAUCAUUAGAAAGAUUUCCGAAAUUGCCAAACAUCUUGGAAGGUAAAGAGUUACAGAGGCAUAGAAGGAUGGACUUGUCUAAUUGCUGGAGACUGCUCGACAUUGCGGCUCACUUCUCUGAUCACUUUCUGAUCGCUUGUAAGCAAUUGUCAAUCGGGGUCGUAUUUCCAGGAAGUGAAGUUCCAAUGUGGUUCAACUGUCGUAAGAAUUUGAAGAAGCCCGUAAAGAAUUGUGACAUUUCCUUCGAAAUCCCUCGAGAUUUCAGAUGGGAAAAGAAAGGAUUGGCUCUCUCUGUUGCUUUUGAAACGCCAUUUAAAUUCGGUUCUUUUUAUGCCGUUAUUCACGUCAAUGAAGAAAAAAUUUAUGGUGUUAUGUUUGAAUUUGGCUCAACAAUUUUUGAGUCAGCUCACGUGUGGCUGCUCUAUGUUCCAUUUUGUAAGAUGGAUGAGUAUGUAAAGCUAAAUCAGUCUACGUGGCCGCGGCCGCCUUUUAUGUGUCGAGCUAGUUUUUAUCGAGAUUAUGAUCCACUGUAUUUUAAAAGCUGCGGAGUCCACCUGGUAGUGCCACAGGAUGGUGGAGAUAUUCCUUCGUCUCGUCUCGUCGGUGGCAGUGAGGAAGGAGGAGGAUUUGGGGUCGAUAUUCAACACUAGUUAGAAGAAGAAAAAGUUCUGCCAGGAAGUCCAGUGGAUAAUAUACUUUCAAAUUAUUAGAUUUUGUAAAUUAUUUUGGAACUCCUUGUGGCACCAACCUCAGCCUGGUUUACAUGUAAGGGAUGGAGCGUGU